AUGGCGUGAUGUUUUGAAAAUUAUCGUGCUGCUUCUAUCUCAUUGAAAAUCGUCAUAAUGAGCAUCUUUGGAGAUUUCUUCGAACAGCUUCGUAGGCGUUCAGAAUAUCGUGUUCCAAUGGAUAUACCACAAGAUAUUCUGAAUGAUUUAUAUGAUCAUGGUAAUUUGGAUGAAAGUCAGAGGCAGGAAUAUCAUGAAUGUAAUCCCAACAGACAUGGUACUUUUUUUUAUAACCCAAUGGAUUUUAUGUCAGAAUUUGAAGAAAUGUUCAAUAAUUUCUUCAAAGGAUUUCCAGUCAUGGCUUUCCCACUACCUAAUGAAAACGAGAUUCCGUCACUACCGGGAAACGAGGAUACGCACGAGAGUAAUACGACGCUGCAGGAAAAGAUGUUGAAUGACAGGAAUCCUGUGACACGAAACCGCCGUUCUCCUGCACAGCCCCCAUUUUUGGGUGAAGGUUUACGAAGACCGGUCGAAAGGCCGGGUCGUUUUAAUCUUCCAAAGGAGGACAAAAAUCUCGACGAAGACUUGGAGGCGGGGGGCAAGAGUCUUGAUGAUAUUAUUCCUCGCGGGAGUGCCCAACCGGAGCCGCCAAGAACCUUUUUCGGCUCGUUUACUUCAUCAUCAGUUACCCGCAAUAGCAAUGGCGUUGUGGAAAGUAAGAAAACAAUAAGAGAUUCAAGAGGGAACGAGGAGGUCACUAUCACAAGAAGAAGUGGUGAUAAGGAAUAUACAAUAACGCAAAAAACAGACGAACACGGGAAUAAGGAAACGAGAGAGAAUGUUGUUGAAUUCGGCGCAGAAAAGAAACACCUUGAUAUGUUAACGGGCGAUGAUCCACCAGUUACAAAUGGUCCGCCGUCUGUGUACGAGAGAUUACGCAGUUGGCUCAGUGUUUAAAUUUUAAUGUUUAUGAAGAUCAUGCAGUGUAAACUAAAAUAUACUCUGACGUUUAACGUCUAACGAUGUCAAGUGUAAUGCCCAUCCAUGUCCAUACGAAUACACCACGCGGUAAAUGCCAGUAAUGCGUUUGGCUUAGUGUUAUUUAGAAAUAAACAAUACUCAAUAGUCAAUGCUUCAAUUUCUGAGCUUAUAAAAGGUUAUACGUAGAGUGACAAUUAAGAAAAUACAAUAAGAAACAUUUAACACAUCACAAUAAACCUCACCAGCAAUAUCCGUUGCUAUUGAUAAAUAAAAUC